UUGUCAAACACUUUCACACAAAACACAACACUAUCUCCACUUCUCUUCUCUGUUCUCUUACAACAACAACAACAACAUGCGAUCCUCCUACAAGCGACCCAAGCUCAACGACCCCCAGCCCAUCCACCCGGCUGAGCCUCCGAUGCCGCUGCCGCCUCACCGCCUCACCCAAGACCAAGAGCUCACCGUCAUCGUCUCCGCGCUUCGCAACGUCGUCGCUGGCACCGCCACCACCGCCUCCAUGGACUUCAAUUCCCUCCUCCCCCCACUACAAUACGCCGCCACUUCCUACCCGGGCGCAACUGGAAGUAGCUGCUACAGCGACGCCCUAUUGACACCGUCCGAUUUGGACACCUGCAACGUGUGCAAAAUCAAGGGCUGUCUCGGGUGCAAUUUUUUCCCGCCACCAGCGCAGGAGGAAAAGGCAAACAAUAAAAAAAAGGGGCCCAAGAAGAGGGUGAAGAAGAACUACAGGGGAGUGAGGCAGAGGCCUUGGGGUAAAUGGGCUGCGGAGAUUCGAGACCCGAGACGGGCGGCUCGGGUCUGGCUCGGCACAUUCACGACGGCGGAGGAGGCUGCCCGGGCCUACGACAAGGCCGCGAUCGAGUUCCGCGGACCCAGAGCAAAGCUCAAUUUUCCAUUUCCCGACACCACAUUGUUGACCCAGGAAACCAAUUCAGCACAGCCCGCACAACCCGCACAGCCCUCACAGCCCCAGCAGGUAGUUACAGAGCAAGAGACAAACAACGAAUUUUCUCGGGAAAUUGAAAUGACGGAGAUUGGGAAGGAAAAGGAAAAGGAAAAGGAAAAGGAAUUCUGGGAAAUGAUUGGAGAAGACGAAAUCCAACACUGGAUGAGGAUGAUGGAUUUUGCCACUGAUCAUUCAUCGGAUUCUGGAAAUGCUCAUAGCGCUUGAGCCCAAUUUAUUUUCAGGCAAAUUGCAUAUUAUUUUAUUUUUUUUCUAGACAAAAUUGUAGGUUUGUACGUGACUAAAACAAGUUCGUUUGUUCUUCAUUUAACAUUAAUGUGAUCAAUUUUAGAAGAAAAUCACAUUUUUGUUACGUAAUUUGUUUGCAAUGUAAAAUUGAACACAAAUUAGUAUUAUUUUUAAAGUCUAAUUUUGU